CUUGAAUGUGACUUUUCUCCUUGAGGUCUCUCCUAUUAAUUAGAUUCCCAACCAGUCUGCCAUUUCAUUUUCUCUCUCUCUCAACACUUCCAAGAAAUCCAUUUCAAACCCUUUACUGUUCUUCUGCUGCUGACACAAAGACUUGGCCACUUUCAAACUUUUCUUUUUCCCUUUUUUUGUUAAAUUAUCUCUUGCCAGCAUUGCUUCCACAUGGGUAGACAUUCUUGCUGUUACAAGCAGAAGUUAAGGAAAGGGUUAUGGUCCCCUGAAGAAGAUGAGAAGCUACUCAAUUAUAUUACUAAGCAUGGCCAUGGCUGUUGGAGCUCUGUCCCUAAACUGGCAGGCUUGCAAAGAUGUGGCAAAAGUUGCAGAUUAAGGUGGAUUAACUACUUAAGGCCUGAUUUGAAGAGAGGAGCAUUCUCCCAACAAGAAGAGAAUUUGAUUAUUGAUCUUCAUGCAGUUCUUGGAAAUAGAUGGUCUCAGAUUGCAGCACAGUUACCAGGUCGGACCGAUAAUGAGAUAAAGAAUUUGUGGAAUUCUUGCAUUAAAAAGAAGCUGAGACAAAGAGGCAUUGACCCAAAUACUCAUAAACCCUUAUCUGAGGUCGAGAAUGAUCAUAAUAAAGAAAAGCAAACCUCAAACAUCAAAAACAAUAAUGAACUCAACCUUAUUGAACCUGCAGCAAAUUCAAAACCAUCUAGCAUCUCUUCUAGUUCCAAAAUCACUUCCAAUAAUAAUAAUGACAGUAGCAGCAACUUAACACCACCAACUCAAGAAUUCUUCAUAGAUAGAUAUGCUACUUCUUCUCAUGAAACCUCUACUAAUAAUACUACUUGCAGACCAUCUUUUGUAGGCUAUUUUCCUUUUCAAAAGUUAAAUUACAGGCCUAAUAAUAUCUGCUUCAAUCCGAAUUCUUCCUCUUCUGAUAUGAUUUCUGAUUUCAACUCAUCAACAAUAAUUCCUCCAUCCAUGUUUCAAACACCGAUUCGGGUAAAGCCUUCUGUUAGUCUUCCUUCUGAUAAUUGGGAAGCUAGUAGCUUCAGUAACAAUGGCAGUAGCUGUAGUAAUGGGAGCAGUAGCAGUAUUGAACUGCAAAACAAUACAAACUUCUUUGAAAGCAAUACUUUUUCUUGGGGGCUUACAGAUUGUGGAAAAUCAGAUGAAGAAGAUAUCAAAUGGUCUGAAUAUUUGACUAGUACUACGCCAUUUCUUCUUGGAGGUUCAGUACAGAACAACAACCAGACUUUGUACAGUGAAGUUAAACCAGAAACAAACUUCAUAACUGAAGCUUCAUCAACUACUAGUUAUCAUCAUCAACAAGCUUCCCAGCCGUGUGAUAUUUACACUAAUAAGGAUCUGCAGAGACUUGCUGUGGCUUUUGGACAAACACUUUAGGUUGGUUGUGUUUUAUUAACAUGUGCAGAGUUCUAAUUCAAAUUAUAGAUGAAGUUCUUUUUCUUCUUUUUUCUUUUUCAGUUUGAGAUGGGUUUGGAUAAAAAGAAAAGGUGUGUGCUAUAGAUUUUCUUUUCAAUUUGUAAAUGUUGUCUGAUACAAAAAUUUUUCAGCUUUUGUUAGUUAAAUAUUUGUGAUUUGAACCAAUUUGAGUUGCUUAUUAUGUUUAUAUCCAUGAAAAACCCUGAAUAAGGCUUUGCUGUUCAUAAUA